AUGGGUUUUCGAUAUUCAAGUCCUUUCGUUCAGGUGUUAAUCGUUGGGAUAAUCUGUUUUCUGACCUCUGGCAUGUUUAAUGCCUUGAACGGUUUGGGAGGAGGAGGUCAAUUAGAUACUCAUGUCGCAUCAAAUGCAAAUGUAGCUUUAUAUACUGCUUUCUCUGUCGGCGGUUUAUUUGCCGGUCCAAUUGUUAAUAAAUUUGGACCUUCAAAAUGUAUGGCCUUAGGUGGAAUAACUUAUGCUCUAUACUCUGGAUCUCUUUUAUAUUAUAAUCAUGUAAAAGGAGAAGUUUUCCCAAUUUUCGCUGGUGGCAUUCUUGGUUUAGGCGCAAUUAUGAUGUCGUAUCCUAACGAAUCUGAUAAAGGAAAAUUUAUCGGUGUUUUUUGGGCUGUUUUUAAUUUAGGUGGUGUUUUGGGUUCAAUUGUUCCAAUCGCUUUAAAUUGGAAUUCCACCGCCGGUUCCGUAAAUGAUGGAACUUAUAUUGGAUUCAUGAUUCUUAUGGGAUUAGGAGCAGUAAUAUCCCUAAUUUUACUUCCACCAAGAAAAGUAGUUCAUGACGAUGGAAAACAUAUUAAAAUAAAAAAGUUUCCAAGUUGGAAGGAAGAAAUAAUAGGAGUUUUUAAAUUAUUUUUGGACUGGAAGAUUAUUCUUCUUACACCAAUGUUUUUAGCAAGCAAUUGGUUUUACGCGUAUCAGUUUAAUGCUGUAAACGCUUUUUAUUUCAAUAUUCGUACAAGAUCCUUCAACAAUCUAUGGUAUUGGGCUGCUCAAAUCAUAAGUGCCGCAAUUUUUGGUAGACUCCUCGAUGCAAACAAUUUAUCACGAAAGACUCGUGGAAUUUAUGGAUUAUUAAUCUUAGUAGUCACAAUAACUGCGAAUUGGAUUGGUGGAUUGUUUUUCCAAUUAACUUUUAAACGUACUGAUACAGUAAUUCCAAAGGACUUAUUUGAUCCGGGAUUUAUCGAAGUAUUAAUACUUUAUAUAUUUUACGGAAUGAAUGAUGCUAUGUAUCAAUGUUAUGCAUAUUGGGUUAUGGGAGCUCAAACAAAUGAGGCGUCUUUAUUGGCAAAAUAUGCAGGGUAUUAUAAAGCUAUUCAAUCAGCAGGAGGAGCAAUAAGCUGGAGAAUUGAUGCUGUGAAUACGAACUUUUUAGCUGAAUUUUUAAUAUGCUGGAUACUUUUGGCAAUUUCGUUUCCUUGUACAUUCCUUGUAGUAUCAAAGAUUAAAGAUACAAGUGAUGACGAUUUUACAUCAUUUGAAAAAUCUAAUGAUGAAGUAAUUGUAGAAAGUAAAGAAAUAAUAGUAGAAAUAUCUCAAACCCCCGGCGAAGAAGCUAAUAAAGAAACCGAUGAAGUAAAAUCAGCAUCCAUCAAUACUAUCAUUAAAAAUUCAUUUAUUAAAGAGAACGAUAUUCCUUGGACUGGUGAUGAAGAUAUAAAGACGACAGUAUUACGAAUGCUAGUUGAUAAAUAUCCUCCCCUGAAAGUUAAAAGAGAAUCAAUAAAAUACAAUGAUACACCUGCACUACCUAGUCGUAGUUCUUCUAUAAAAAUAUCAUCUAAUACUUAUGUAAAUGAAACUGAUGAUCAAUCAAAACAAAAUAAUAGUAAUUUGCGAAAAGAAAAAAUGAAUAAAAUACGCAUAAAAAAUCAAACCCGUAUUAUGAAUGCAAAAGAAGCUGCAAUUGAUUAUUUUAUUAGUAAAAAAUUUUCUGAGAAAUCGGAAGCUAAUGAUGAUGACAAUCUUGAUCAUCACAAGAGUGAAAAGAUUUUACCUAGAAAUAUUGCAACAUGGGAUUCUCUUGUGGAAAGGAGAAUUCAAGAUGCAAUAGCGGCUGGCGAAUUUAAUAAUCUUCCUUAUCAUGGAAAGCCUUUACCUAUAGAUCCUAAUGAGAAUAAUCCAUAUCUUGACCGUACGGAAUUCUUCAUGAAUCGACUUGUUCAAAGACAAGGAGCAGCACCAGCCUGGAUCGAAUAUCAAAAGGAAGUUGAUAAUGAGAUCCUUAUACAUCGUAAACGUAUGCGAGAAAAUUGGUUACGUUACUGUUUAUCAAAUGGUUUCUCACCAAAACAACCUAAUUCAAAUUGGGAAAAAAAGCAAUCUUCUUAUUAUGAGAAAUCAAUUCAAAAGUUAAAUAGUAGAUUAAGGUCAUAUAAUACAAUUUCUCCUUAUGCAGUUCAUUCUAAAGGAAUGAAUGAACUAAUAUUCCCAACGGGUAGUUUUUCAAAAACGCAACCUACACAAUCUACACAAUCUUCACAACCUACGCAACCUACACAACCUACUACUAAACCGUCGACAACACAGACAACACAAUCUUCUACAACAUCAAAACCUUCAACAACAUUUGGAAAAACUACUACGCCUAUAAAAACAGAGGGACCAACGACAUCGACGAACAAUUUAGCAACCCGAACGGAUAUUAUAUCACCUACAACAACUUCACCUUUACCUACACCUCAAAUUUCAUCAGCUGGUUCAAAUAGUUCAAAUGGUACAAAUAUUUCAUUUGGGUUAAUAAUUGGAAUAUCAGUAGGUUUGAUAUUGGUGAUAGGAUUAAUUGGAUUUUUUGUAAGAAGAAGAAUAAAUGUAUUAAAAAAUAAUAAACGACGACGUAACGAUGGUGAUUUCAAUAAUAUAUUUAAUUCUACUAGUUCAACACGACAUAACAAUUUUUCCAGAGAUAGUGUUGUUGCAAUGAAUAAAAAAACCCGAAUCAGAAAUGAAAUUCUUGGUGUUAAUAAUAAUAAUGAUAAAGUUGCAAAACCAAGAGAGCGCAAUACACGAAAAUUUUCACAUGAUAAAAGUGUCAAUUCUAAUAAUUCUAAUAAUUUACGAAGUCCAGAUUCAAAAGUUGUCAUUAAUUAUCCAAGUGUUCCUUCUUCACCUACAGCAUCAACAUAUCAAACUUCUCAACCAAUGGGAAAACCAAAUAAUUCCAAUAAUCCAAUGUAUUCUGGAAAUAAUCAAAAUAAUUUGAUAUAUUCUGGAAAUAAUCCAAAUAACCCAAAUAAUCCGAUGUAUUCUGGAAAUAAUUAUAAUAAUCCAAAUCUGAUGUAUUCCGGAAAUAAUCCAAAUAAUCCAAAUAAUUCAAAUAAUUCAAUAUAUUCUGGAAAUCCAAAUAAUCCAAAUAAUCCAAAUGAUCCAAAUAAUCCAAUGUAUUCUGGUAAUCAAAGAUUAUAUAGAAGCAAUAAUGGAAAUAAUGAAUACCUUAAUUACUAA